AUGGCUGCCAACGCCAGAUACAGCCUUCCACCAGGCUACAACAACCAUGCCGCCAACGGCGCUGGCGGCAAACCCGCCCUACCUCAUAUCGACGAUGUGGUUGCAUUGCCAACCGACGUCGACAUCAAAAAGCCACUCAAGUCGUUGCUUGAACAGGCCGAAAUGUCACUGCGCCAGUCCGAAAUGAGCCGUGACUUCAACAGACCAGCACUAGCCUUGAAGGACUUUAUCCGCGCGUCUGUUAUCACGGUCCAGCUAGUAUAUCAUCAUAAAGAUUAUUUAUUGCUGAAAGAGGGCCGCGGAGACCUGGCAAUGAGACACAACUCGCUCAUGACACGGAUCAAACAGCAGAGCGACACGUACGACCAGAUCAAGAAGGACAUAAUAGCCGACAAUAAAAGAACUGGUGUGCUGCCCAGAUCACAAAAAUCGGGACAGUUGCAACUGAAUGGGAAUCAUUCCUCUGCAACACCAACCCCCGCCACCACCACAAGCAAUGGUCACGCGGUGACGGCCUCUGGCAAGGUCAAGCCCAAGGUGCAGCCAAAGCCACAAUCCCUCCAAGGAAAUGCCGUCCCCGGCCAUGGAAGGACUUCUUCGAGCAAUAAUGCCAAUUUUGACUUGGCAGCACGCUUUGCGAAUCUUCGAGGGCCGCAGACGACUCCCGGCCAAGACCCGCGCAUCAAGACUCAUCCGAUUCUGCCGUUAAAACCUGCCGGCCCCCGAGACAUGCCUCCGUCGCCGCAGAGGUCAGAGCCGAGCGCAGUGAAUGAAGUGCCAUCACUACCAAAAAUGCCGGAUGCUAUAUAUCACCCAGCCCGUGGUAGCGUCUCCAGCGACGCUGGACGUCCGCCAGCCACCACACCACGAGGCUCAUUCAGUCGCGCAACCCCCACCUCCUCGCUCAAUAAUAUGCCGAGCCCGGUAUCUGCGAGGCAGAGCAUGGAAUACUUUCCGCCUGUGCCUAGCAACACUACUGGCAGUAAACUAUCGCCACAGAAGCCCGCUGCCAACGACGAGACUGACACAAUCGCGGCCGAAGAACUUUUCCAAGCAAUGAAACAAAGCGGCUCUGUACUAAUAAUAGAUGUUCGCUCUCGCGCUGAAUUUGACGAAGGGCACAUUAUGUCUUCUUCAACAAUCUGCGUGGAGGCUAGUAUCCUACUUCGAGACAAUAUAUCAGCCGCAGAAAUUACCGAGAGCUUGGUCCUGUCGCCCAACCAGGAACAGUCGCAAUUCAAUCGACGCAACGAGUACGAGCUUGUUGUUUUCUAUGAUCAAGACUCCGAAGAAAUCCCUCGUUCUCCUCGCAGCUCUGAUGAUAUGGUAAUUGUAUCUUUGCAUCGCGCACUGGUACACCUAAACUACGGCCGCGACCUUAAGCGCCCCCCGAGAAUCCUCAAAGGUGGCUUAGAUGCGUGGGUUGAUUUGAUGGGCUCCGCUUCAUUACAGACUACAAGCCUCAACAGCAGUUCCCACGUUCCGACCUCACGAGCUCGAAGUGGGACUUUUCAGCGCAGGAGAUCAAAGUACAUUCGGCCUCUACGCGCGGACGAAGUCAAAGUUUGGCAGCAGACUCUAGAAAACGAAGAUAUUAGUGCAAACCAACCUCCUGAGUAUCAUCGCUCGACCGAAUCUUUCCUACGCCGCUUUCCUCCAGUCUUGACAGAGCAGGAGUCGAUGACGUCCUCUCCGGCAACCGAACCGCCGCCACGAUACAGUUCCCUGAACAGCAUUGAUCCCUAUACCGAUCUUCCUUCGCCUCCAACCCGGCCUGCGCCUUCAGUUCCUCGACUCAGUUAUGGCAGCUUGUCGCAUACCUCAGAUGAGGCUGACCGCUUCGAGGAACCUGUAGCACCCCGCCAAAGCGUCCGUGUAAAGAAGGUCCCGGAGCAGAUGACGGGAGACGGCUACAGAUUAUACACAGGCCUCAACAAUCCACACAACUGGUGCUAUGCAAACAGUACUUUGCAGUCGCUCCUUGCGUCCCCAGACUUUGGAAAGGAGCUGUCCGAUUCGACAUGGAGCACGGAAUAUCGAGCACCAAAGAAGGACACUGAAAAGAUAGAACAUGCUCAGCUAAUGAUUCGCAUCGUAUCUAAUCUGUUUCACUGGAUGAGUACUGGCAAUCUCGAAGUUAUGAAGGCUCAAACUCUCAUGGACUACUCCCAACAUAUAUGCAAAAAGAGCCGCUCCAACGCCCAAUUUGGAGGAACACAGCAACAAGAUGCGCAAGAGUUCAUGUCUUUUCUCAUGGAGCAUUUACAUGACGAGACCAACUCCCGUCGAAAUCGAAAGGGCAACGCGAUGCAGCCAAACACCAAGUCGCAGCCGCUCCUCUACGCCGCGGUCCAGUACUGGUACAAUCACCUCCAGUACAACGAGUCCAUUGUCGAUAAGUACUGGCGAGGGCUGGAGCUUUCGACGGUCAAGUGUCUCGACUGCCACACAAAGACGUAUACUUUCUCCCCCUUUGAGUGGAUUCCGGCGCCAGUCGCGCUCGGAAGCACGCGGCAGACGCUGGAGCAGUCCCUGCACCAGCACAUUGCCAACAACACGCUCGACGACUUUUCCUGCGACAAGUGCCGCCGCAACACGCGCGCCAUGCAGUCCAUUUCAUUUGCGCGUCUACCUCCGCUGCUCUGCGUCUGCUUCCGUCGCUUCAACUACAAUCAGGCCACUGGUGACAUCAAAAAGUCGACGGCGCCCGUGACCUGGGACUUCAACGACUUUGACUUCUCGCCGUACUUUUUCGAAAAUGGCAACGGCCGCCCGCCGCCCGGCACGGGCGAUCAGCACGCGUACGAGGGCCCGUUCCGGUACGAGUGCUACGCCGUCAUUGUUCACGCCGGCAGCAGGACGGAUAACGGGCACUACUUUGCAUACGUGCGGGACCAGAGCACGCAUGAUCCAUAUGCGUGGCUUUGCUGCAAUGAUAGCAGGGUGACGAGAGUCCGCAUCGGUAGCGGAGAUCGCGAUGAUAUCCAAAACGAGGUCUUCAAGUCGGGACAGGACAGAGUCCCGUAUCUGGUGUUUUUCCGACGCAAGGGAUGA